AAUCCAAGGGAAAACGAAAGAUUAUUAUUUUGUACAAUAGGUCAUGCCAUAAAUAAAUAAAUAAAUAAAUAAAAAGUUCACACUAGAAAAUUAUACACAAAAAGUGACACACCCACACCCCUCUCUCUCUCUCACUUCUUUUUGAAUUAAAAAACAGUAAUCUCUCUUUCCGCCCAACCUCUUCUCUCUCUCUCUCUCUCUUCCAUCAUAAACAAAUGCAGAUAAAACAGCCAUCUAAAAUUCCAUUUCUCUCUGCACGAACAUCAUUUGGAUCCGGAGAUUCUGGGUCUUUCAAUUUCUUAUAUACACCAAAUUCAAAACAUACUAACCCACCAGACAUGAUUUGGUUUCCCUUCUUGCCCUCCUCUUCCCCUACCCUCCUCAACUCCUCUCUCUCUCUUCUUCUCUUCCUCUCCUACUACAAUACAACUACUACGUUGGAGCUUUUAGCUUAGUUUUUUUGUAAUGCCUGUAAAUCCAUGGACACUCUUUCCCUCUUCCUCUUCCUUCCUCUUUUCUCUCACAAUUCUUAUCCUCUUCCCUUGCAUGGUUUUUUCUCUCAACCCACAAGGCCAAACUCUUCUUUCAUGGAAGCAAACCUUCAAUGGAUCCAAGGAUCCGUUGAGCAACUGGGACUCAAGUAACGAAACACCAUGUAGGUGGUUCGGUGUCACUUGCAACCUCAACGAAGAAGUAGUGGAAUUGGAUUUGAGGUACCUUGAUUUGCUCGGCCAAUUCCCAACCAAUUUCACUUCCUUGUUAUCACUGAACAAGCUGGUUUUAUCGGGAACUAAUCUCACCGGUCCAAUCCCAAAAGAAAUUGGAAUCCUUACCAGCCUGAUUGUUUUAGACCUCAGUGACAAUGCCUUAACUGGUGAAAUCCCAACUGGAAUUUGCCAAUUGUACAAGCUCGAACAGCUUUUUCUCAAUUCGAAUGGCUUGGAAGGUUCAAUUCCUGUCGAAAUUGGUAACCUCACGAGCUUGAAAUGGUUGAUUCUAUAUGAUAACCAACUCAGUGGGGUUAUUCCCAAUAGUAUAGGGAAAUUGAACCGAAUCGAAGUUAUCAGAGCUGGUGGGAACAAGAACCUUGAAGGUCCUCUGCCACAUGAAAUUGGAAACUGUACAAAUUUGGUCUUGUUGGGCUUAGCAGAAACCAGCAUUUCAGGCUUUCUUCCUCCAACUAUUGGCUCUCUAAAGAAAUUGGAGACUCUUGCUAUUUACACCGCUCUUCUCUCCGGUCAAAUUCCUAUGGAGCUCGGUGACUGCACCGAGCUCCGGAGUAUCUAUUUAUAUGAGAAUGAGCUUACUGGUCCGAUUCCAAGCCGAUUGGGAAACCUCAAGAACCUUCAAAAUCUUCUACUAUGGCAGAACGGCUUGGUCGGUACUAUUCCGCCGGAGCUCGGAAACUGCGACCAGCUUUCCGUCAUCGAUAUUUCGAUGAAUUCUUUGACCGGAAGCAUUCCUAAAUCGUUUGGGAAUUUGACGUCGCUUGAGGAACUCCAACUGAGUAUGAACCAGAUCUCCGGUGAAAUUCCGAUUGAGCUCGGGAACUGCAAGAAGCUCACGCAUAUUGAAAUGGACAACAACCAGAUCACGGGGACGAUUCCUGUGGAAUUCGGAAACCUUUCGAAUCUGACAUUGCUAUUCUUAUGGCAGAACAAGCUUGAAGGAAGCAUUCCGUCUUCCAUUUCUAACUGUCAGAAUCUCGAGGCCGUUGAUUUGUCUCAGAACGGCUUGGUGGGUCCCAUUCCCGGUGGAAUCUUCGAGCUCAAGAAGCUUGGUAAGCUUCUUCUCCUAUCCAAUAAUCUUUCCGGUGAAAUCCCUCCGCAGAUCGGAAACUGCUCGUCGCUGAUUCGGUUCAGGGCCAGUGAGAACAAGCUGAGCGGGGCUAUCCCGAGACAGAUUGGGAAUUUGAAGAAUUUGAUUUUCUUGGAUCUCGGAUCGAACAGGCUUGCCUGGGUUAUACCGGAGGAGAUAUCGGGUUGCCGGAAUCUCACGUUCCUCGAUCUGCAUUCCAACUCCAUCGCUGGAAACCUCCCUAGAGGUUUCGAUCAGCUCGUUUAUCUACAAUUCGUUGAUUUCUCCGAUAAUUUAAUCGAGGGGACGCUGAGUCCGGAACUCGGAUCGCUAAGCUCACUCACCAAGCUCGUCAUGGGGAAGAACCGAUUCUCCGGGACGAUUCCCGAUCAACUCGGUUCGUGCUCGAAGCUACAGUUACUGGACCUGAGUUCCAACCAGCUCUCUGGGAAUAUUCCGGCGAGCCUGGGGAAGAUUCCGGCACUCGAAAUCGCUCUGAACCUGAGCUGGAACCAAUUCUCCGGCGCAAUACCGAAAGAGUUCAUGACCUUGGACAAGCUCGGAAUCCUAGACAUCUCGUACAACAAUCUCACCGGCGACCUGCAAUUUCUCGCGGACAUGCAAAAUCUCGUGGUGCUGAACGUGUCGCACAACAAUUUCUCGGGGAAAGUACCGGAAACUCCAUUCUUCUCGAAGCUCCCUCUCAGUGUCCUGUCCGGGAAUCCAUCCCUCUGCUUCGCAGGAGACCAGUGCACCGGCUCCGGUAACGGCCGCGUGGGGGUGCGUCACACGGUGGCGGCGCGUGUGGCGAUGGUGGUGCUACUAUGCACCGCGUGCGCACUCUUUCUGGCGGCGCUGUACAUAAUCAUCGGAAGCAAAAGGCGUGGCGGCUCGCCGGGCUUCGGUGGGGACCACAACGACAGCGACAUAGAGGCAGACAGUGACGUGGAGAUGGGCCUACCUUGGGAGGUGACACUGUACCAGAAGCUCGACCUCUCAAUCACUGACGUGGCCAAGUGCUUGACACCUGGCAAUAUAGUAGGACGAGGUCGAUCCGGCGUCGUUUAUAAAGUCACCAUCCCUUCGGGAUUAACGAUCGCCGUCAAGAGGUUCCGUGCGUCGGAAAAAUUCUCUGCGGCUGCAUUCUCGUCGGAAAUCGCCACGCUGGCACGUAUCCGGCACCGGAAUAUCGUACGGUUACUUGGUUGGGGAGCGAACAGAAAGACGAAACUGCUUUUCUACGAUUACCUGCCGAACGGCAAUUUGGGCGCGUUGCUUCACGAAGGGUAUACAGGAUUGGUGGAGUGGGACACCCGGUUCAAGAUAGCACUCGGCGUAGCCGAAGGGUUGGCGUAUUUGCACCACGACUGCGUUCCUGCUAUCUUGCACCGUGACGUGAAAGUGCACAACAUAUUGCUUGGUGAUCGAUACGAGGCGUGUUUGGCCGACUUUGGGCUCGCUCGGUUAGUCGAAGACGAUCACAGCGGUUCGUUUUCUGCGAACCCACAGUUUGCUGGGUCUUACGGCUAUAUUGCGCCGGAAUAUGCUUCCAUGCUAAAAAUCACAGAAAAGAGUGAUGUAUUCAGUUUUGGAGUGGUCCUCUUGGAAAUCAUAACUGGGAAAAAGCCAGUGGACCCAUCAUUCACAGAAGGCCAACAUGUUAUACAAUGGGUUCGAGACCACUUAAAGUGCAAGAAAGACCCAGUGGAGACACUUGAUCCGAAGCUUCAAGGCCAUCCAGAUUCACAGAUACAAGAAAUGCUUCAAGCACUGGGAAUAGCACUCCUUUGCACAAGCAAUCGAGCUGAUGAUCGGCCAACGAUGAAAGAUGUAGCAGCAUUGUUAAGGGAAAUUAGACAGGAACACCCAGCAGGAAGUGAAGGGCAAAAGCAAAGUAGCAAAAAGUUGGAUUCUGGGUCUUAUUCAUCUUCUUCAGUUACUCCAGCUGAAUUGCUACUAAUCCAAGGCUCUUCUUCUCAUUGCUCACUUGCUUAUUCAUCUUCCUCAGCUGCCUAUCUCUCUGGUCCAAAUCAAUAACCAUUUCGUUGGCUUUGAUCUUAGUAGUGAGAAAUUAUACUAGUAGGAAGCUAGAAUAAGAUUAUUUAUUAGGUGUAGACAAAAUAUUGGGGCAUAAAUUGUAAACAGUUAGCAAAAAGUAAUUUGGAUAAAAAUAUUUCUGAUACCAAGAAGAUGUGAGCAAAAAUUGAGUGUAUAGCAAACUUGAUAUCAUUGUCCCUAUAAAUGGGGGUUUAUUUUCCAAAAUUUGGAUCUGAUGUCAUGAAUGAUAUCACUCUUUGAUGUGUCAUAUACAUGUUUACAUUUAGAUGUUUGACAUGAUGAACAGCAAAAGCUUUGCUUCAUUGUGAAGUCACUUUCAACUAUCAAAUAUUUGUUUCUCCAAAAAAGAGGAAUAGAAAGUAAUUGUUUUGUCUCUCCAAAAAAGAGGAAUAGAAAGUAAUUGUUGUUGGAAA